AUGGUAAACGCUAUAUUUACUGUUCCAUCUAUCUGUCUAUCUAUCUAUCUAUCUGUCUAUCUAUCUAUCUAUCUAUCUAUUUACAAAUUGGCAGUGAAAUUUCCUUGUUCUCAGACGGCACUAAGCAUGGCUCGCCUGUGUAGUCUCUUAACAACGCUCCUCAGUCUCAUUAAUCUACCCUCGAAUUCAGUGACGCUAAUCCGCUACAGCCGAGAUGUCAAAGCACGAAACCAGACCCUCAGCCUGUACGAACCCGUGUUGAGAGAAUUGAAAACAGCUGUAAACAAGACUGUACUCAUGGGGAGCCUGAUUAGCUUACUCGACUGCGACUUCUAUCUGCAAACGGAACACGGUCGAUUUGAGUUGACUGUCGACAAAGAGAGGGGCGAGGUCUACGUGAAGCUUGUCUGCGAUGAUCGCUACAAAAGCACGACUGCCGACCGUUUCCUAUGUUUGAAUGGUACCUGGCAGGAUUACAGUGACCUUGUGAGGUGCGAGCUGGUGACCUGCCCCGGCGUUCAGGCUCCCGCCAAUGGUCAUGUGACUGCGGAAAACGUAACCCAGACGGUCGAUACUUCGCUACACUUUUGGUGUUCGGACGGUUACAAACUCGCCGGGGUGUGGCAAAUUCAAUGUCUAAACACCGGUAUCUGGGACAACCCACCGCCGCGCUGUGAAAUAGUUACCUGCCCAGCAUUAAAAAGUCCUGCUCACGGCUAUGUUGUACCAGCGACUGAGGUGCCUUACAAGAGUAGUGCCGUGUUUGCCUGUUAUUCAUCGUACAACAUUGUCGGCAACUGGACUCUAAACUGCCUUGUGGACGGUCGAUGGAGCGGUGCUGCUCCUAUUUGUGCUAAAAAAUGUACAAUCCCGGACAAAAAAGGACUAUAUAAGACAUUAUGGGAGUGGCCAUCACUUAAGCUGCUCACCCAAACUGCUGUUAUACGCUACGGACAACGCGUACUUUAUACUUGCUUAAAAGGAUAUACUCAAAAGUAUGCAGCUCUCUCCCUCUGCAUGAAUGGGGUAUGGUCCCCACCAAUCGACUGCGUUAAAACUCUCCUAUGCCCACCAAUGGAUAUUUCAAAUGGGGUACUAACUUUCUCGCAUAAUUACUCCGCGGUGGAGUACAGCUGCAAUAUAGGAUAUGAAUUAUUUGGCAAUAAAAUCCGUCGUUGCAUGUCUAAUGGCUCAUGGGACGGUGAUGCACCUUUAUGCCGAAAAAUGUGCCCGAUACGGAAAUCUAACGGUGUGCGGGAUAUAUGGUUGUUACCCGAUUUUAAGAGACUGCGACCCGGGGAUUAUCUCCCCAGAAAUCUUUCCUUGUUGUUUGUGUGUGGUAGUGGCUUCAACCCGUUACGGACGGGGAAGUGCCGAUGCAAGGACGGUUUGCUAGAGCCACCCCUCACAUGUGUCACCUACCCGAAGGAUAUGCGCAUGGCCGACGAGUAUCUUGAAGUAAGUUACGGGGGGUCGUGGAAGAAAGUGUGUCUGGCCACACACAAAGAUGCCCUCUGCCAAAAAGUUGGUUUUAACGUGGCUUUUUACAAGGACGGCUAUUUUGCUGAGACAUACGAUAUCCGGUGUCCAGAAAAUUUUCAAACACUGUCGAAUUGCUCGAUUACGUCCUAUGGGUUUUGUGUUUACCCCGUUGUCUGCAAGUCUUAA